CCAGUUGGCAAACACGCCCUCCACCGCGUUUUUAGAUUUUAGGAAAUUGUAGGCGCCUUUCUGUCUUUAAAAACGCGAGUGAUUGGAGACAGCGAAGACUCAUAUCACCUCUAUAGCCAUGAAAGUCCCUAACGUUCACGCGCCUCGUAACGAGGAUGAUGUUGAAUUACAAUCCAUGGCCCCCGUCGCUCUAGAUGACAACAGCCAACUUGCUUUUGAAAGCAGUUUUGACGAUUUGUCCUGGCGUUUGCCUGACUAUGAACAGAAUGACCCCUUGAUUAACGGGCCGCAGACAUAUAUGUCGCAGCCUGCAUGCGCACUGCCUGGCGAGUACGCUGAUGCGGGCUUUCCUAUGAUCAGCGACUUUUAUCAGAACUUCAUGCGUGACGGGGAGCAUCAUAGACCCUCCUCGCUGUUGUCAUUCGGUAGCGAAUGGUUCCAGCACAAACACUCCAUUCCAGAGCUUAAUUUUCCCUUCCAAGACGCAGAAGGCAAUCAACACGUCCAUGGCUCACUUUCGCUGGCGAAUCAUGGGCAAGAUGUCGUGACCAUUUUUGAAGAUCCUCAAGUCUCGAGUGCAGAUGACUCCCACCAUUCAGCCAUUGUCGGUGGUGAUGUGAGCGAUAGCGGACCGACGCCACCCACCACAUCAUCCGGUGACCCGAUUAUCCUUCGGUGUCAACACCAUGUGCAAGGUCAACCUUGUGGAGUGUUCAUCAAAGGAGGAUUCUCCAGCGUCUUGAAGCACUUCGCCUACAUGCACGUUCGCCCUCGCAUUUCCGCGAACGCAAGAUCUGCCAACCGUCCCGAGGAGUUUUGGAUCUGUCGCUGGGGCGGCAAGUGUGACAGCCGCAUUCGCAAGGAGGGCUUUAAGAGGCAUGUCCUUGGUCACCUCGUCCGGUGGAAAUGUUCCGCUUGCUCGUCGACAUAUUCUCGAGAUGAUAGCGCCCGAAAACACGCCAAGGAUUGUGGAGAUGGUAGGAUCGUCAUGCUGCCGCGGUUGGAUGGUCGUCCGCGACGGCUGUAAGAAGGGGGAAGAAAACUGACACACAGCUCCCUUAGUGCACUUAUAUGAAGGGGAAUUCUGGGAAUUCCCUCGGUUGAAGGUUCCCAUAUAUUUAUAGCUCGAACCCAUCAAGUCUUUGUGUAUAUACGCAGAUGGCUUGCAGUACUUACUAUACUUACUCGACGAACGCAGUUGUUCGCUUCCUAAUUCCUAUUUCCAUCUGUAUCGAGUCCUUUAGAAG